UUUUACUCUGUCGUCAAUGGUGGUGGCUAUUAGAAAACCCCACAGCGGCAACAGCAGCUUCUCUCUCUGUCGUCUUCCUUUGUUCCGGCGGAUCUUUCACCGUCGUCAAAACACCAUGUUCAUAAGUCAAUGCCGUAGCUUUAAGCCUUUGCUCAACUCUCGUCUGCCAUUGUUACGCCCCUUUCUCUCCAAAUGUCUCGAUCAGUCCUUCAAAACCAUGGCUAGUAGCGGAUACGUCGAGGCAGGUGUCUUCUGGGACGUGGAGGUCUACAAGAUCCCUGAAGGUCUCAGUGCUGCUGAUGUUUCGAGGAACAUCAAAAUUGCGCUUGCGGUAAUGGGACAUCGUGGUACGGUCUCAAUCAAUGCUUAUAUUAAUGCUACGAAUCAGGAGAUCCAGGAUCAUGUAUUUCACCCCGCCGGAAUCGAGCUCAAUCGCAUACCAAAUGAGUCGCCGUUAGGACUCGAUCAUUCCAGACGUGCGGCUCUUUUCAAUGGCAUGGGGAGUUGGGCAUUUGUAAAUACUGGAAUAUCAUCAACGAUAAUGUUAAUCACAAAUGACAACCCUAUCCUCUUUUACCCUUCGCUCAAACGGAGAAAUUUCAAUGUGUUUUGGAAUUGCCUAUCAGUUGAGGGAAAGCCUAUCCCCCAGACUCUCCAGACCCUAAGAAGAAGCUCAGAAGAACCUUGUUGACUCCCCCCCCCCAAUAACAUACUCUUCUUGCUUCUCCAUGCCUGCCUGCCUUGAUGAUGUCCAUAAUAACUGAUCCCUUUGUUUUCCUGUCCAUCUUUUUAACUUCUAGAUGAUCCUCAUCUUCUUCUUUGUCUAAUGCCUUUGUGUGUUUGUUUGUCUUAUGAAAACAUUGAUGUUACAUCUUUGUUUGUGUGUUCUAAUGGUUUGCAGAGGUUUUGAACU